AUGGGCGAUGCCGCGCGUCCGGGGGAUGAUAGGUCUCUCGUCUGUCAGACACCGCCUUUCCUUGGAGAUGGCAUUGUCACUAACGAGCCGAUCUCAUUUGCUUGUGAGGAGAAAUCAUUGAGACAAGGGAAAGACAGUCUUGUCGUUAACGGCCAGUCAACAUGGAAGGUUUCGAAAGGCGUUUGUGACCUACAGCCUCGGGUCCUACCUAAGCAACUUCUACUGGGAGUGAGCACUCAAUUAACUGUGAGGUUAUCAAAGGACUCUUCCUUCUCAAACUGGCCUGGCGUUCAGGGAAUCGCAGGUUACGAUAACGGAAAUUAUUUGUCAGUUCUGUACCUCGCAUGGGCCUAUAUACUAUCCGCUCGAUGGGUUGAGUUGCUUGGACGCUCUGCUGACCACGAAUGUCACAUGGGAUACACUCCUCAGGAUAUGGAGGACUCACAACAACCAAUCAAGCAACCCAUGGUCCGAAUUGACCUCGGCGACAGUGUCUGUGAGGAAGAAGCUCGCUGGUGGCGCUCCAUUUUGUGUUCCGAUGGUGGCUGGAAUGCCACCACUAGAUAUAAUGACCAUGUCUAUUUGUCUCCAUGGUCGGUAUCAGCAGAGGAUGCCGGGUUGGACUUGUCAGUUAAGGGGGUUCCAGGCGCCGACAAGCUAGAUCCCCCGGAAUCGGGGACUGCUGUCAAAUACCUCUCUCGUUUUUGUAUGCACCAUCGCAUUUACUCCCAGUGCUCAGCCGCUCUUGCUGGGGCAUUAUACAUCCCUUUUGUGAGAGGGCGAACAGUUUCCCUUCCAUUUCCGAAACAGGUUUCUCCGCCAGAAGUAGAGAAAGAUGCCGGCAACUCUAAUCUUUCUAUCCCAGAUCUUCUCAGUGAGCACGACAAACAUCUUUCGAAGUACAUGACAUUGAGUUCCAAUGUGUGGGGUCUACGCUCUCUCUUGUGCAGCACCUUCUUCAAUGCAGAUAUUGAGUCUUAUUUGACCACGUUAUUGGCAAAUCGACAGCCACGACUCGGGCCUCUCUGGCUCGGUGCGAUUCUCACAGACGUGGCAAAAUCUGUCUUGCGUGACAUAAGAACAGGAAACACGGCUCUCGAUCUUCUAGCUUCUGCCUGGACAGGAACAGCACAGACUUUCUUGACUUCUAACAUGGCCUGCGAGGGCCAUGAACGACCUCCAAUCUGGCCCUGGAAGCCCUUUGGAUAUACCUGGGAAUGGCUUCUGACGAACGGCUAUUCGAUUUUGGACGACAGAAAAGAAAAUAUACAGCCUGCUGACCACGCAUCGCACUCAUCCGCCAGAAUAUCGGCUGCGCUCAACGGUUACCAUUAUGAUUUCUUCUCACAAGAUCUUUCUGAAGGAGCUACACGUGGAAUAUUUGCAUGGCUAAGGUCUACAGGGUACCCUCGCAACGAAAGAUCCAUUUACUAGCAUUCCUGGUGAGAUUUGGAAGGCACCGACGAAGAAGAGCCUGAAGACGCGGACUCGGAUGUGGAACGACAGAAAGAAUCGAAGGAACUUCAGAUUGAAAGCUGGCUCGGCGGGAUUGAAUAGUGUUUUGGAGGUCUGACAGACCGUGUAUUUAUGCUCCCAAGAAAGACACCGACGGCAUCAAGAUACACAACCGAACCAAUUGAC